GGUCCGCCUCUUCCACUCUUCUCCGCUGCUCUGCGAGACGGAAACGCUGAGAGAGCUCGUCGCUUUCACUUUCAUCUCUCUCUGUCUCUACAUCUGCUGAGAGCUCAGUCUCCAUCGGAGUCAUUUUCACUGGCGAUACAGAAUCCUCUCCCGGCAGGUACGGCUGCAUCCUCGCUUGCCCCUUUCGCUAUCUGCUUGGCGUUCAAGGAAGCUCCAUGAGCUCCUCCAUUCCGUUCCUCUUCUCUUCUCUCUCUCUCUCUCUCUCUCUCUCUCUGUCUGAAGUUGAAUAAAUCAAGCUCGCCAUGGCAGCUCCGGGCAGAGGGUCUCUGGUUCACCACCUGCACCGCAUUUACUGUCUCCCGCUUCCAUUUAUAAUAUUCACUGCAAGGUUGCGCAUUUAGUACGUCAGGGAGACGUUGGGGAGCUCCUCUCUCAUCCGGGCGUUUGUGCAGUAACUGAACCUCGGCUCAGCUGUUCCCAUUUAUGCUUGCAUUGCCUCCGCAACUUCUGUCAUCGGAUGCUCUUUUGUCUUUUCACCUCUGUGCUCCCCCCCGUUUGUAGGUUUUAGCUCUCUGUUAGAUAACGAGUGAAAUUGUUAUAAAGCCAUGACUUGGGAUCUCUGGGGUCCUCCAAAUAAUCAAGGUUUUUCAAGUCCCCGCUUUCAGUCUUACAUUUUUACAUCAUUCAUUGAUGACUGAUCACGAGAAUCGUUUAAUGAGAGGCAUUUCGUCUCGAAAUGAUUGCUCUGCAGUUGAACCAGGGUGCAUGAACAGCACACUUGUUCAACGACAAUCUGACUUCUAUGCUGGUUUUGGCGUUGAUCUGAUAGAAGAGAAUGUACAGAAUGAGAUGUCCUGUGUGCAAGUGCUGAGGAUUUUGAUAGCAAAAGCUGAUGCUGAAAUCGACGAGCUGGAGAAGUGUCUCGUGUCUCUUCAGUGUGAACUUGCCGGGGAGGAACAUGAAGAGUGGUAUGAUGUUUGCUGUGAUACUUUAAAGGAGAAGAUCGACUUUGUCAACAAAUCUUUGAGGAGCUUAAGGAGCAAUGCCGGGGAUUGUGCAAGUGACCCUUUAAGUAUGCACAGAGAACCUGCUGAAAAAACACAUGAAAUAUUGAAACGUUUGCUGACUAAUUACCUCAGAAAAAAUCAUGAGAAGGCCGUGGAAACUGCUGCUGGAAAUUCCAGCAUGGAUGUUCAGGAUACUCUCUCUCUCGAUUCUAACAGGAAACAAGAAAAGAUCGAUUCUGAUUCAAAAAAUGAAAGUGAUGAGUUUCUUCAACAGCCUACUGAUGUCAUCGAUGAAGUCAACACUCUGAAUACUUUGAAAAGGAGAUCCCGGCAUGAAUCUAGUGCAUUGGGAGAAGAAAGUUACCGACUAUCUUUGACGAAAGAAGGUAAAAGAGAAGAUCAGCGCACUGGCAUAGUACAACUGCAUGAUGUUACUGUGAAUGGCAAGUCCAAAUUGGGCCUGGAACCGAGACACAGGAAAAAGAGGAAGGAGCUAAGUGGUCCAAGCGCUGAAAGAUCACAAUCUCCUCAUGAAGAGAUUCCAUCGGCUGUUUCAAAAGCCGAAGUACCAAGAAAGUUCAGCAUUGGGAACGGCCGCUUUAAUGAGCCUUCGAGGGAGAAGACAGUGAAGAAGAUGGUUGUGGCACUCACGGCUUUGCCACCAAACAAUAGCGGACAGGUAUUGCGACCUUCCAAGGUGAGAAGAGAUGCACCUGUUAGUUUGAACUCCUUGCACUCACGUGAAAAAGAGGCUGAAAGUAUGCUCGAGGAAGAUCUGCUCAUAACGGAAUUGAAUGAGUCGCUUGAUUCCCCCAGGGAGCUGGAGCCUUUGCCAGCAUCUGAUGCAGUAGAUAUCCUGCAAGAUAUGAAACUAGAUGAUCUAAGGGCCAUUGCAAAGGAAAAGAAGCUGAAAGGGUACCACAAGCUCCCAAAGAAAGUAUUGGUCGAAAAGAUAGUGAACUCUCUGGGUAGUUGCUGAUAACUGGUGGUGUUUUUGCAAGAACCAGGUGCGACAGAAGAGUAUAUAACAUGGUAGGUCAUAGGUAGGUAUUACGAGAAAGCAAGAAGUUUCGUGUACAGGUUUGGGCUUUAGGAUAUUAUCAAUAGGAUGAUCAACGCAUUGUAGAUCAUCUAGAAAUACUAUAGGAUGAUCGUAGGGUGACGGAGACGAUAGAGCAAGUUCGACAUUGGAAGGCAUAACCACAGAAGUUAACAAUAGUACAUAGAACUACCUAGUUUUCCACUUGAUGUGGAUAUGGGACGAAUGGGAACGACAAUCUCUGUUCCAUAAUGCAGGAUUUUCAGUUUGUCAUGUUUAGUACGAACGAAUGAAAACUUUCUGGGCAGGAUUUUGUAUUAGCAAAGCACCAUCAUGCCGAGGUGUACUCAUUUCAUAUGAUCUUUCUGCGAAUAUUACUGUAUAGAGCAAACUAUGUACAUGAAACAUGAUGAGAAGUUUGUACUA